UCCAUUCUAUUAUACGAGAGAGGUUCCCUCUCACAAACCCCAGACCCCAACACCUAAGCCUUCUUAACCCCUCUUCUUCGCGAGCCGGAAAUGGCCGCCAUAACCCCCUAAACCCAUUGACCUCGUUUCUCCUCUUCUUUCUCCGUCUCAUCAACUCACUCGCAGAUUCUUUUUCUUUGGAUUUGUUUUUGUUUGAAGCCAAACACUGCUCUCUCUUUUUAUUUAUACUUUUAGAGGAGGGUUUGAUUUCGGAAUCGGAUCUUUCCUUACCGGUUCUUGGUACCAGUUGGCUGGAGUUUUCGGGAGGAAGAUAGGGUUUUAGGGUUUGGUUGUAUUGGGUAUUUUUUGAGGGUUGUGAUGGACGAUAGUGCUCUUGAGGAUAUUAUAAAGCGUCUUGUGUCGGCCAAAAAUGGACGGACGACCAAGCAGGUGCAGCUUACGGAGCCUGAAAUACGACAGCUUUGCUCUACGUCCAAGGAGAUUUUUCUCAGUCAACCUAAUCUCCUCGAGCUCGAAGCUCCCAUAAAAAUUUGUGGAGAUGUUCAUGGUCAGUUUUCAGACUUGUUAAGAUUGUUUGAGUAUGGUGGAUACCCACCUGAAGCAAACUAUCUGUUCCUAGGAGACUAUGUAGACCGUGGUAAGCAGAGUAUAGAGACUAUAUGCCUUCUUCUCGCAUACAAGAUCAAAUACAGGGAGAAUUUCUUCCUUCUCAGGGGCAAUCAUGAAUGUGCUUCCAUCAACCGUAUAUAUGGGUUUUAUGAUGAGUGCAAGAGGAGAUUUAAUGUUCGUGUGUGGAAGACAUUUACCGACUGCUUUAACUGUCUCCCCGUUGCUGCUCUUAUAGAUGAAAAGAUCCUUUGCAUGCAUGGAGGCUUAUCUCCUGAUCUAAAACACCUGGAUCAGAUUAGGAAUAUUGCUCGUCCUGUUGAUGUGCCAGAUCAGGGCCUUUUGUGCGAUCUUUUAUGGGCAGAUCCAGAUAAGGAUAUUGAUGGCUGGGGGGAGAAUGACCGAGGUGUUUCAUAUACGUUUGGAGCUGACAAGGUAGCUGAAUUUCUUCAGAAACAUGACCUUGAUCUCGUUUGCCGUGCUCACCAGGUUGUGGAAGAUGGAUACGAAUUUUUUGCGAAGCGGCAACUGGUAACCAUAUUUUCAGCUCCAAACUACUGUGGUGAGUUCGACAAUGCUGGUGCUAUGAUGAGCGUGGAUGAUUCAUUGACAUGCUCAUUCCAGAUCCUCAAGUCUUCCGAGAAGAAGGGGAAAUUUGGACUUGCGAACAGCACGAUACGACCAGGAACUCCACCCCAUAAGGGUAAGGGCUGAUUGAGACCUCUAUUGUGAGCUAAUCAUGAGUAGUAAAAGCAUAAAUGCGGGCUAUUAUACUUUCCCAUCUCAAUGUUUAGCUUGUGUACUUCUGAACUCGUGCUGCCCGGCAUCGUUGCAACUGCGAGGUUUGAUAGUUCAGCGCUGCAUUUUGUGCAUGCAUUACAGACAUAUGAAGACACAGUUACUUCUACACUUAAGGAGAGCCUGACCAGGCUUUAUAACGUUAAAGCUGUCUUUUUUUACUUUCUUCUUUACUUUCAAUUCUCUUCCCUUUUUGAAACUAAUGUAUAAUUGAAAUUCUGACUUUGUUGUGUGGAAUUGGAGCUAAAUACUUGUUCCAUUGGCCAUUGUUCCUUUGAGAUUGGGAAAAUUAUUGAUUUUUAGUCUUGA